AUGUACCGUGGUGUGCAGCAGUGCAGGUGCUGCUGCCAGCCAGGGCGGAGGGAGGCAGAGAAGCGCAGGGAGGCAGAGAAGCGCAGGGAGCCAGAGAAGCGCAGGGACGCAGAGAAGCGCAGGGAGCCAGAGAAGCGCAGGGAGCCAGAGAAGCGCAGGGAGGCAGAGAAGCGCAGGGAGGCAGAGAAGCGCAGGGAGCCAGAGAAGCGCAGGGAGCCAGAGAAGCGCAGGGAGGCACAGAAGCGCAGGGAGGCAGAGAAGCGCAGGGAGGCAGAGAAGCGCAGGGAGCCAGAGAAGCGCAGGGAGGCACAGAAGCGCAGGGAGGCAGAGAAGCGCAGGGAGGCAGAGAAGCGCAGGGAGCCAGAGAAGCGCAGGGAGGCAGAGAAGCGCAGGGAGCCAGAGAAGCGCAGGGAGGCACAGAAGCGCAGGGAGCCAGAGAAGCGCAGGGAGCCAGAGAAGCGCAGGGAGGCACAGAAGCGCAGGGAGCGCACAGCCCGGGCACGGCCCCGCGGCCGGGGCCGCUCCUGA